GAGAGGCGUUACAAAACACACUCAACAAAGCUUUGAUAAGUUUUUGGACUAGUAAUGGAGUGGAAAGAAUGUUACUUAGAUGUGAUCUUAGUGCCGCUAGGGCUAAUGGCAUAUGCAGCUUACCAUGUUUACUUGUGGCACAAGAUACGUACACGGCCUCUCACCACCGUCAUCGGUACUAACGCUAGAGCUCGCCGUUUUUGGGUCGCUUCCAUCAUCAAGGACAACGAAAAGAAAAACAUAUUGGCCGUUCAAACGCUAAGAAACUGCAUAAUGGGAUCGACUUUAAUGGCUACAACAUCAAUCCUCCUCUGCGCGGGUUUAGCUGCGGUUAUAAGCAGCACUUAUGCGGUAAAGAAGCCUCUAAGCGACGCCAUUUACGGAGCUCACGGGGAGUUCAUGGUGGCUCUUAAGUAUGUGACAAUCCUCAUCUUCUUCCUCUUCUCUUUCUUCUCUCACUCUCUCUCGAUCCGGUUCAUCAACCAAGUCAAUAUCCUCAUCAACACUCCAUUUCCUCCCGAGGAGUUGGAGGAGAUGAUGAUGAUAACGCCGGAGGAGUACGUGGCGGAGUUGCUAGAGAGAGGGUUUGUUUUGAAUACGGUGGGGAAUCGGUUGUUCUAUGCGGCGUUGCCUUUGAUGCUUUGGAUAUUUGGACCGGUGCUUGUGUUCUUGUGUUCGGUCAUGAUGGUUCCUCUUCUUUAUAACCUUGAUUUUUUCUUCUUCGGCAAAGAAAGAAGCAAAAUCGAAAGAAAAACUUGUUUUGGAUCUGUGUAGAAUCCUGUUGAUAAGCAAUAUACAUUGGACUUGCAUGCAUAUUUCGAAAAUUAUUUCGGUUUCGGUUUA